CCUAGGGGAGGGGCGGAACCUGCGGAGCCUGAGGCCGGCCGGCGGGAAGGGAGGCUGUCAGAACGAAAAGGAGAAUAAAGGAAGAGAGAACUGGAAUUUCUCCUUGUAGAAAAAGGUUUGGCCCUGAGGAAGCCACAAGCAGCCCCACCUGGGAGAAGGGUGGCAGCCAGGGGCGAUGUGGCCAUCCCUGAAGAUGCCUCAUGGCUGCUGAGGGCACUGCCCACGCGGGGAGCAGAGUGGCGGGCAUGGUGCACGGUCUGUCGGUCCUGGUGCUAGCAUCCUUGGGGCUGGCUCUGGAAGAGGUGCUCCUGGACACAUCUGGUGAGACAUCGGAGAUUGGCUGGCUCACCUACCCACCAGGUGGGUGGGACGAGGUCAGUGUUCUGGAUGACCAGCGACGCCUCACUCGGACCUUCGAGGCGUGCCACGUGGCAGGGACCUCUCCGGGCACGUCGUCCCAGGACAACUGGCUGCAGACGCACUUCGUGGAGCGGGGCGGGGCGCAGCGCGUGCAUAUCCGCCUACACUUCUCCGUGCGCGCCUGCUCCAGCCUGGGGGUGGCGGGAGGCCUGUGCCGGGAAACCUUCACCCUCUACUACCGCCAAGCUGAGGAGCCCGACGGCCCUGACAGUGCCUCGGCCUGGCACCUCAAGCGCUGGACCAAGGUGGACACGAUCGCCGCAGACGAGAGCUUUCCAUCUUCCUCCUCCUCUUCCUCCGCCUGGGCAAUGGGACCUCGGGGCCCGGAGGCACGCUCCUCCGGGCUGCAGCUGAACAUCAAAGAGCGGAGCUUUGGGCCACUCACCCAGCGUGGCUUCUACGUGGCCUUCCAGGACACUGGCGCCUGCCUGGCCCUCGUGGCUGUCAAGCUCUUCUCCCACGCCUGCCCAGCGGUGCUGCGCGCCUUUGCCUCCUUCCCCGAGACUCAGGCCAGUGGGGCCGGGGGCGCCUCAUUGGUGGCAGCCAUGGGCACUUGUGUAGCUCAUGCAGAGCCGGAGGAGGAUGGAGGGGGGCCCCAGGCCAGCAGCAGCCCCCCGAGGUUGCACUGCAAUGGGGAAGGCAAGUGGAUGGUGUCCGUGGGGCGCUGCCGCUGCCAGCCAGGCUACCAGCCUGCGCACGGGGACAAGGCCUGCCAAGCUUGUCCCAAGGGGUCAUACAAGGCCUUAGCUGGGGAUGCCCCCUGCUCCCCUUGCCCUGCUCGCAGCCAUACACCAGACCCUGCUGCCCCAAUGUGCUCAUGUCUCACGGGCUUCUACCGGGCCAGUUCUGACCCGCCCGAGGCCCCCUGCACUGGCCCCCCUUCUGCUCCCCGGGAGCUCUGGUUUGAGGUGCAGGGCUCAGCCCUCAUGCUGCAUUGGCGUCUGCCCCGAGAGUUGGGGGGCCGCGGAGACCUUCUCUUCAACGUUGUGUGCAAGGAGUGCGGGGGCCGCCCAGAGACAGUGGGUGGGGGUCCCUGUCACCGUUGCCGGGAUGAGGUGCACUUCGACCCCCGCCAGAGGGGCCUGACUGAGAGUCGUGUGCUAGUUGGGGGGCUGCGGGCCCACAUCCCCUACAUCCUGGAAGUUCAGGCUGUCAAUGGGGUGUCAGAGCUCAGCCCUGAUGCCCCCCAGGCUGCAGCCAUCAACGUCAGCACCAGCCAUGAAGUUCCCUCCGCAGUCCCUGUCGUGCACCAGGUGAGCCGAGCUCCUAACAGCAUCACCGUGUCCUGGCCACAGCCAGACCACACCAAUGGGAACAUUCUGGAUUAUCAGCUUCGCUACUAUGACCAGGCUGAAGAUGAGUCCCACUCCUUCACCCUGACCAGCGAGACCAAUACGGCCACCGUGACACAGCUGAGCCCCGGCCACAUUUAUGGCUUCCAGGUGCGGGCACGGACCGCAGCUGGCCACGGCCCUUUCGGGGUCAAAGUCUAUUUUCAGACCCUGCCUGAAGGUGAGGGGUGCCUGGGCAGGGAACUGCCUGAGAGACUCUCACUGGUGAUUGGCUCCAUCCUGGGUGCCCUGGCCUUUCUGCUGCUGGCUGCCAUCACCGUGCUGGCUGUGGUUUUCCAAAGGAAGCGGCGUAGCACAGGGUACACGGAGCAGCUCCAGCAGUACAGCAGCCCAGGACUAGGAGUAAAGUACUACAUCGACCCCUCCACCUAUGAGGACCCCUGUCAAGCCCUCAGAGAAUUUUCCCGGGAGGUGGACCCCGCAUACAUCAAGAUAGAGGAGGUCAUCGGUGCAGGCUCCUUCGGAGAGGUGCGCCGAGGCCGACUGCAGCCCCGGGGCCGGCGGGAACAGGCGGUGGCCAUCCAGACCCUGUGGGCUGGUGGUGCAGAGAGCUUGCAGAUGGCCUUUCUGGGCCAGGCCGCUAUGCUGGGCCAGUUUCAGCACCCAAACAUCCUGCGGUUGGAGGGUGUGGUCACCAAGAGCCGGCCCCUCAUGGUCCUGACAGAACUCAUGGAACUGGGGCCCCUGGACAGCUUCCUCAGGCAGCGGGAGGGCCAGUUCAGCAGCCUGCAGCUGGUGGCCAUGCAGCGGGGCGUGGCCUCUGCCAUGUGGCACCUGUCCAGCCUGGCCUUUGUGCACCGCGCCCUGGCUGCCCACAGUGUGCUGGUCAACAGCCACCUGGUGUGCAAAGUGGCUCGGCUUGGACAUAGUCCACAGGGCCCAAACUGCAUGCUCCGCUGGGCUGCUCCAGAGGUAAUCGCUUAUGGAAAACACACGUCAGCCAGUGAUGUCUGGAGCUUUGGAGUCGUGAUGUGGGAAGUGAUGAGCUACGGGGAACGACCUUACUGGGACAUGAGUGAUCAGGAGGUCCUGAAUGCAGUGGAACAGGAGUUCCGACUGCCUCCACCUCCAGGCUGUCCUCCUGGACUCCAUCUGCUGAUGCUGGACACUUGGCAGAAGGACCGUACCCAGCGACCUCACUUUGACCAGCUGGUGGCAGCUUUGGACAAGUUGAUCCGCAAACCUGACACUUUGCAGGCUGCCGGGGGGCCCAGGGACAGGCCUUCCCAGGCCCUUCUGAACCCCAUGCCCCUGGACUUCAGUGCCCUGGACUCGCCCCAGGCCUGGCUCUCAGCCAUCGGACUCGAGUGCUACCAGGACAAUUUCUCCAAGUUCGGUCUCUGCAACUUCAGUGAUGUGGCCCAACUGAGCCUGGAAGACUUGCCGGCCCUGGGAGUUACCCUGGCUGGCCACCAGAAGAAACUCCUGCACAAUGUUCAGCUUCUGCAGCAGCAUCUGAGGCCCCUGGGCUCUGUGGAGGUGUGAGCUGCUGCCUGCUCCCCUGAUCCUGGAGGCCAAUCCAAACACACACCGGCUACUUUACCCCAACAGGACCACGGGACACUUGGGCCCCCUCUACCUCCCCCACAUUAAAGGACAAGAAGGGACUUUGCAAGUU